GUUACAGGAGGUUCCAGUGGCAUUGGAAAGUGCAUUGCUAUUGAGUGCUAUAAACAAGGGGCAUUUAUUACUCUGGUUGCACGAAAUGAGGAGAAGCUGCUUCAGGCCAAGAAAGAAAUUGAAAAAUACUCUAUUAAUGACAAACAGGUAGUGCUUUGUAUCUCAGUUGAUGUAUCUGAAGACUAUAACCAAGUAGAGAAUGUCAUAAAACAAGCACAGGAGAAACUGGGUCCAGUGGACAUGCUCGUCAACUGUGCAGGGCUGGCACUGGCAGGAAAAUUUGAAGAUCUUGAAGUUAGUACUUUUGAAAAAUUAAUGAACAUCAAUUACCUGGGCAGUGUAUACCCCAGCAGAGCAGUAAUCACCACCAUGAUGGAGCGCCGGGUGGGCAGGAUUGUGUUUGUGUCCUCCCAGGCGGGACAGUUGGGGUUAUUUGGAUACACGGCCUACUCUUCAUCCAAGUUUGCCAUAAGGGGAUUGGCAGAAGCUUUGCAGAUGGAGGUGAAGCCGUACAACGUCUACGUCACCGUGGCCUACCCCCCAGACACGGACACCCCUGGGCUUGCCAUGGAGAACAAAACAAAGCCUUUGGAGACUCGACUUAUUUCAGAGACCACAAGUCUUUGCAAACCAGAACAGGUGGCCAAACAAAUUGUUAAAGAUGCCAUACAAGGAAAUUUUAAUAGUUCCAUCGGCUCAGAUGGGUACAUGCUCUCAUCACUGACCUGUGGGAUGGCUCCAGUAACUUCCAUCACUGAAGGACUCCAGCAAGUAGUCACUAUGGGCCUUUUCCGCACUAUUGCUCUGUUUUACCUUGGAAGUUUUGACGGCAUAGUUCGUCGUUGUAUGAUGCAGAGAACAAAAUCUGAAAUUGCAGACAAAACUGCCUAAUUCUUACCCUUGAGAAAAAAAAAAAACUGUUUCCAAAUAAUUCAAACAGCUUGCUGCUACAUGGGACCCAAUUUUUAGCCUACAGAUACUUGUCUUGUUUUGAAUAUGUAAAAUUGGACCAGUGCUCUUCAUAAAUCUGGCUCCAGGCAAAGAGGUAGAAGUCCAACUCCAGAGGAUAUGAUUAACACUAUGCAAAUAUGGAGUAGGAGAUCUUUGAGGUGGAGCAGUGGUAGUGUGAGAACUAAUAGCGUGUCAACAGGGUAGAGAAUGGAAUUUCAGAAUGAUAAGUGGAAUUUUUUCUAUUUAUUCCUUUCCCCCUUUAUAGAGAUAAAGUCCAGAGAUGUACUUUAUGGCACAUAAGAAGUCUUGAUGGCCUUUUGAAACUUUCCAUGAAAGGCAGUGUAUGGGUUUCUGGGCUUUGGUUUUCUUCUUACUUGGUGUAUUUUACUCAAGAUGAGCUGUCUGCAUUGCCAAUAAGUCUGGACACCUGUCACGCUUGCUGUGCUGCCAGUAGAACCUCUCUCUCUUUGAUCCCACAAAGCUCCAAGGGGGAUGGGAGAGAGCAAUGCAGCAGAAGGCAAGGAGAUCAGUCUUUUCCAGUAGGGAAACAGUGCUCUCUUGUCUUCUUCCAACUGAUGCUUAGGACUUUUUAGUUUUCAUUCAUGGAGAAAGGCAGCCUCCUUAGUGUUUUCUGAGGAGGAAAUAAAAUCUUAGAUGCUUACAGAAGUUUACAGUUUCAAUAGCCAUGAUGAGCUGAAGUUCAUCGUCUGUCCUUCCUUUCUCUCCCUUGUCCAACUUUGCUUAUACUGCUGUAAUAUUUUUGUAAAAGAAGAAAAAGACCAGCUGAGAUUUUUGACUUUUUAAAUUAAUUCAUGAAUUCAUUAAAACAAAUAAAAAAUAAAUAAAAAGUGUGACAUUCUUAACCUAGUAGCAUAUAUGUAGCUUUUAGGAAAGGGUGAUGAUUGUAUAUUUAAAUUUUACUCACUAAGAAAAGAGAUGGAUAAUUCUGAAGAUAAUCAUUUUUUUAAAUAAAGCUGUCACCCAUUUUUCUAUGACUCUCCCACUGACCCGAGAACAGUGUCUUCCUGCCACAUGUUACAGAAGCCCACUCAUUCGUUUGUGAAGCCCUGGAAAUCCUCUAGCCAUGUGAAUGCUGUGUCUGGGUUACAGGACCUAUUCAUUUCAUGGAUUUCUACAGCAAGUGCCUAUUACCGGUCCCGGUCCUCCUCCAGUGUGGCAUCCUGUUUGUCCAUACGCUCCUGUGACGUCAGGACAUCUUAUGUCCAUCCCCUCAUCCCUGUGUAUACAUAGUGCAUUCCAGUUCCCUUGGAUGGGAAAAGACUUCUACCUUUGAAGAAGAAAAGUUUUUUUAUUGUAAAAAAAAAAAGACAUAGAAAUUAUAUCUAGGCUUUUUUUUGCUUUUGAGCUUUAGAAGUUUUUUGACUUUAAAAAGUGACUUAAUUUUUAAAUAAUAAGAUGGCUCCAUGGUAUCUAUCAAGAUCUGUGCAUAGCAAAUUUAGACAAUGAUAAAUACAGAAUAAUUUAUUAUUUAAUAUGUAAAUUCCUUGGUAUAACUUGAUUACAAUUUGCAGGAGUUUGUUGAUACCAAAAUGGUUUUUGAAAUCUUUCAGUCUUUUAUAGCCAAAGUUUGCAGUCUAUGUGGAGUCACUUUGUGCAGCUGCUAAAAAGGUAUAAUGUAUUUUCCUAAGUAAUACUCAUAUUUAUACUUUGCUCAGUUUUAUUCUUUUCUUAUAAAUGCUCCUUGAAUGUUGGUACCCUCUGCUGAUCUAUAUUAAAAUCUAGUCUAAGGUGAUGUUGGAUUUAAUAAAAUUAACGAGUUGGUAGUUAUUACAGUAAAUAUAUUCUUUUCAGAUUAUUGUCAGAGAGAGUAUUUUACUCAAGUAGUCUACUGUCUGAAUAAAUUUAAGAGCCCCUUUCUCUGGUGGGAGAUACUGUCCCUAAUUCCAUAUAGGUCAGGCACAAGAGUAGAUUUGCAGAGGUCAUAAUGUAAUGGAAUAAACUUCAUCAGAGAGAUGUUAAAGGUCCACAUUCGCUUAUCCCCAAAACUCGAAAACUAAGUUUGCUUAUUUUUCUAAAUUUAAUGCUAUCAUUCACUAACAAAACUUGAACUGGUGCAUGGUUGUCAUUUUUAUUUAUGCCACUUCAUGUGCCUGUUUGAAAUAUCAACAGGUUUGAUUUUACAGUUAUUGCCAGACUCCAAGGAGGAGUGGUACUUUUUCAAAGGUACCUUUUUCAAAUCCAGCAGAUUAUGAAUUUGUAAAAACAUCUGUCCCAGAAGGUUUUGGAUAAGGAGUUGUAGUCAUUUAGACAGCAUCCCACAAAUUCUGAGUCCAUCUAAAACACAAAAAUAUUACAAAGAAAAUUCAGUUUUUUAAAAAAAUCUCUUCUGUCAUGAUUCUUGUACAACUUGUUUUUCUGGUGAGGGGAAGAAGAGGAAGAAGAAAAAGAAGACAACUUUUAAUCCAACUGUUAGGGAAACUAUCAACCUUUUUUUAAAGGAUCACAUUGAUUUAAUACUUACGGUGGAUGAAUCUUACCUAUGGCUGUUGUUUUUAAAAUUAUUAUUGCUGCUGGAGUUUGAACCCAGUGCCUUGUGCAUGCUAAGCCUGAGCUCUACCACAGAGCUUCACUACCCCCGAGUCCUGAAGUUUAAUUGCAGUCCUGACCGUUGACUCUGUGUGUGACCACCAACAGUUUAUUAUAUGAAUUUUAGUUCUAAAGUGCCUGCUCUGGUGGUUCGGUUUACCAUUUUAUUGUAAUUAUUUUUAUUGUAGUGACUAUGUUUAUAAGUUAACAUCAUUCAGCCAUAUAAAUUCCAAAAUAUAUUCAAGGACAUUUCACAAUUGAAAAACAUGUAGAAAACAGUCCUUGUUUCUGUUUUCAAAAACAAAAAUCAUGGGCUAUGGAUGUAGCUUAGUGGUAGAGUACUUGCCUGGCAUGUGUGAGGCACUGGAUUUGAUCUUCAGCACUACAAAAAAACAAAAAUUAUGAAAAUUGUUCAUUCUAUAUUUUUAACUUAAUUUGCACAGUUAAAAGGACUUUAAAAUGCUGUUACAGUGGUCUUUUUACAUUAAUAUCUAUAUAUAUUUAGUUAAAAAUAUUUAUCUGAAUCUGUUAAGCCAUGUGUGAUUGAUUCCUACAAGUGAAACUUAAAGAGACUAUUUCUGAUAUUUAGAUAAUGGAAGCAUUUUGGUAAUGUUGGAUUUAUUUCAGUUCAAGGAAUUGUAUGUUUUUGUCUUUCUAGAAGAAGGCAAUACCACAUUUUUUUCUGAAUUAUGUCAUCAGGUUUAAUUUUGUUGUGUCAUGUUUUAAUUUAAACAUUAGUAUUACUCACUUGAGGCCACUUUAAAGUAUUUGGUUUUUGAUGAAA